AUGGCUGGUUUUUACACUCUUUUUAUGGAUCCAACAGACGACCCACAAGCAUACAUUUCUGUCUCAGACUCCAUCAAUGCUUCCAUUGACACCGCUCUCAGAUUCGUCGGUAAAGACCUUGAUACCCGUGGCAGCUGCAAUGGUCUCAUACUAGCUCGUCGGUAUGAAUACCAUGCAACAAAUUAUUAUGUUUGUAACCCAGUUGCUAAAAGCUGGACUUGUGUUCAAAAUAUAAAUUUAGAUGGUAACUCAUCUCUGUUCCUCGCAUUUGAUCCACAUGUUUCCUUUCAUUUUACUCUGCUUCGACUCGAACUAAAUGACAGGAAUUACUGCCUUAAGUUUGCAAAGUACUCGUCGAGAACACUCACUUGGACUUAUCAUCGAGUGUCUACUGAACCUGCAGAUUAUUACUUUCGUCGAAAUGGUGGUAAAGUUUACUUGAAUGGUGUUUUUCAUAUGGUUUCCAGUCAGAAUUAUAUACUCGGUAUUGAUCUUGAGAGUUUGGUUUGUAGAAGGAUUAAAAUGUCAGGGAUGAUGAUCGGUAGUGACGUCCUUGGUAAAUCCCAGGGGAGAUUGCAUUGUGCUAUGGCAAUGGAACAGGUAGGGGGGAUAAAGGAGAUAAGUGUAUGGAUGCUUGAGGAUUAUGAAAAAGGAGAGUGGGUAUUGAAGCAUAGAGUUGUCAUGGAGUUUUUUUAUAGUAUUAUGGAGGUUCAUCCAGACAAGGAUGUUAUUUUUCUGAGAAAGCAAACCAUUUAUGGAAAAAAACUCAAGUCUUACAACAUGAAGAAUGGUGAGUUGAAGGAGGUUUGUGACUUGAAAGACUGGGGAUGGGGAUUUUGCUCGCUUUGUGUAUUUUCUCCCUACAACGGGAAGGAUUAUCUGGAGAAUAAAAGAGAUGCAUGA